AUGGACUCCAGCGAACGGUUGGACGACUUGGCGCUGCUUUUCCUCCCAGAUAUCCUCCACCCAGACCCCCCAGGGCCCCACCAUGCUAGAGUGCCCGACACCGAUAUCAACGCCGACUGGGGGUGGGCCCAGCUCCAGCCGCCGCCAGUGAUGACCAAACUGAUGCUGCCGCUGCCAGGAGCGGUGGCCGAGGAAGUGUUGGCCAAUUUCAUGACCCACAACCACUACGCCGGCUUUAUCCCCGUCGAGGCCACGGGGCUGAACACUAACCAAAGACCCCACGUUCCCGGGCAUUUACAGACGUAUCCACCAGUACUGAUGCCCCCACAGUUUGGUACGUACGGAGGAGUGCCUCCCGUAGCCACGCCGCCGCCAGGCUCGCUUCUGGCAGCGGCUCUGACUCCGAUGAAUAACUACCCUCAUCCGCCUCCACAACAGCGGGAACAGCUGAGACGCAAACAGAGACGCAGGGAACCGGUGAAACGAGAGAUUGAGUUUGAUUAUCGGGCUCAUCAUUUGCGGAGAUUGCUUGAUUUAAAGCCCCAGCCGCACUCGCAACUGCUGAACUUUACCAUUGUCGAUAAGGAUAAUAACCCCGUUAAUGUCACUUUCGGAGGGUUUCUUAAUGGUCGUUUCCUUACUAACGACAUCGACAAUAGUAAUUUCCUCGCGUCAGUACCCAACCAAGCUACUGGUGAAGGGCCAGUGCCGCCAGCAGUGAUUUCGUGUUACCGCCGCAACUAUAUCCAGAUCUCGAUGAAUAUGCAAAUUUCUGGGAUAAAGUUUCCCCUGCCGCUUUUACGAGUACAGACCCUGGAUUUUGGCUACACUAUCACUCGCGUGAUCAAGUACUUCAAGCUUGAAGUGCUCGCGGGUACCAAGAUGCCCCGCACCAGCAAAUCUGACGUUAGCAUCAAAAUCAGGGACCUAUACAAAGAAACGGAAAAGGAGAAACGAGCCCAAGUGACGACGCUGAGUGAUGAUACUAUAGUGCCGUCGCAAAUCCUUAAUCUGGAACACAUUAUCCUCCUUAACGAUGACCAACCGGUGGAUAAUGGCAUCAUCGAUAAGUUUUUCGUGAUUAAACAGUGUCAGUUUAAAAGCGCUACUCCCAAUAACGGCCACCUGAAUUUCCAAAACUAUUACCAUUUGAUAGUUAAACUUUCGGCGGUGGUCGCUGAUUUAUACCAUGAUGACUACUAUGAAGAGGACCCGGGGAUGGCCGGCGCUACUGGAGCUGGCGGCACCGGCGGCGGCGAAACUAACGAAAUCUUACUUUGUGAAUUGAAACUGGAGCCAAUCAUCGUCAGAGGACGUAACCCCAGCUUCUACGCUGACCGUGACGAUAUGCUCAUACGAGGCCGCCUGCUGUAUAGCAAACAGUCGUAUAAGCUAGCUAUAAGUGGUGGCGCUGAGCCCGGUGACGAAACUGGUCAGUUUGAGCGUGGUGUAAGCGCUGACCCGGCGCCACAGAAUAAUAACGAUAUCGACCAGCUGGACGACUCGGAGGCUCGACUACCACAAACAACCACUACCCAAAGAGAACAGUCGCUGGAACUGCUGGCAGCCGAUGUCCUAGGCCCCGGGCAGGAUAACCAGGACUUGCUGACGCUGCUGCGAUACAAGUACUUCCCCAUUCUGAACGUAUACUACUUGCCUCCCAUAAACGUGGUAUACUUCCCUCAUCUGCACCGGAGCAAAGGCGAGCUGGUACCCAGCGAUAGCAGUGACCCGCCGAGAGAGAGGAGGAAAAACCUGAACUUGUAUUUUAGUUAG